GACACAAAUGAAGACGCGCUCCAGUUGCUGGGUGUAGUGCAUAGACUGUAUAAAAACAAAAAUAAAGUGAAUGACGAGGCGCGCUGCCUGUUGUUUGAAGUCGUCUGAUAUCUUUUAGUACAGCGAAGAUGUCAAGAGCAGCGGCACAGAUGAAUCACUGGACGACUGUGAACCAAAGUUUACUCUGACUGGAUGAUGACACAUCUGGGUCAGUGAAGAGCCUCUGUUUUUCUGCUAUUCUGAACAUUGACAAUCGGAAGCUGCUUUUGCAACCCAAGACAUAUUUUUUAAGUUUAAGCCAUUAGUAGACUUAUCCACCAUGAGUGCCCAAGUGGAUGCAGACGUCCAGACCAUAUCUCCCGAGAUGCCUGCCAUGUUUGAUGGCAUGAAGCUGGCUGCUGUAGCCACCGUGCUGUAUGUCAUAGUGCGGAUCCUGAACCUGAAGUGUCCCAUGGUGGCCCCGGACAUCACCUGUCAAGAUACCCCUCUCAAUUGCUACCUGCUCAAGUCUUGCCCCAUUCUAACCAAAGAGUACAUCCCUCCCUUAUUAUGGGGGAAGAAUGGACAUCUCCAGACUGCUCUUUAUGGGAAGAUGGGAAGGGUAAAGUGCCCUAAACCUUGUGGGCUGCGUAAGUACCUGCCCAUGUCAGAUGGAGCCACUGCCACCUUUGACCUGUUUGAGCCACAAGGCGUCCACUGUACUGGAGAUGACAUCACCUUGGUGAUCUGUCCUGGGAUCGGUAACCAUAGUGAGAAGCAUUAUAUACGGACCUUUGUGGAUUAUUCACAGAAACAAGGCUACAGGUGCGCCGUUCUCAACCAUCUUGGAGCGCUACCAAACAUCGAGCUGACUUCACCGAGGAUGUUCACGUACGGUUGUACCUGGGAGUUUUCAGCCAUGGUGGGCUACAUUAAACACACAUUCCCACAAACACAGCUCAUUGUGGUGGGCUUCAGUCUUGGAGGGAACAUUGCCUGCAAGUACCUGGGUGAGAAUCUAGCCAAUCAGGAGCGAGUGCUGUGCUGCGUCAGUGUCUGUCAGGGAUAUAAUGUUCUGAGGGCUCAGGAGACGUUUCUACAGUGGGAUCAGUGUAGGAGGCUGUACAACUUCAUCAUGGCAGGCAACAUGAAAAAAAUAAUUCUAUCUCACAGGGCAAGUUUAUUUGGUAUGAGCUCUAGCAAAAUGGAGCCCGCCGACCUCAGCCGGCUGUAUACGGCCACUUCACUCAUGCAGAUUGAUGACAACAUUAUGAGGAAGUUUCAUGGACACAACUCCAUAAAGGAGUACUAUGAGAAGGAAAGCUGUGUGCAUUAUAUUCACAAUAUCAGUGUUCCUCUCUUCUUGAUGAACUCUUCAGAUGAUCCAUUAGUCCACCAGUCACUGCUGACGAUACCUCGCACACUAGCAGAAAAGAAACAAAAUGUUAUGUUUGCACUGACACUACAUGGGGGUCAUCUCGGCUUCUUUGAAGGCGCUUUUCUCUUUCCUCAGCCUCUUUCCUGGAUGGACAAAGUCAUAGUCAGUUACGCCAACGCUAUCUGCCAAUGGGAGAAACACAGGCCGCAAUGCCAGUAGGAGAAAUCAUGCUUUGUGCAACACUAAGCAUAACACUUUAUGGGGUACUCUCGAUUGAGUUGAGGUUAGAUGAUGGUUUCUAAAGGUCUGACUCACUAGAGUUUGCUCUGGCCUUCAAGAACGAAUUCCAGAGAAAGCACAUACGGUAAUAAAUUAUACUUACCGUAAAUUGCGUCAGAUGUCAGUGGUGUAUAGUUACAAAGCCUGACAAAGUGUGCUGAGGGAUUCGUGAAAUGAUUUGGAAAGUUUAUUUGCGGAAAAACAUAUCUGGCAAGAGGAGAUGGUAACCCAAAGUUCACCAGCUGUCAUUUACAUAGAUUUUCCUACACUGUGAUGUUAGCCUAUCUCAAAUAAAAACUCAUCAAAUUACCUUUACAAGAUGUUAAAACUUUGAUUAAAUUGUUAAUUAUU